AAUAAAAUACAACAAAGACUCAAAGAGACAGAAAAGUCGGAGAAAAAAAUAGUAAGUUUUAUAGAGUAGUCUUCUAGUAGUGGAUGCUGAAACAGGCAACCAACUACAAACAAGCUUGUGUACGAUCACCAUCUCUUUUCAUCCAAACUAACCCAUCUCUUUCUUCUUCAAUCUUCUAUUUUUAUUAUUAGUAGUAUAUAAUUACCAACCUUCAUUUCUUUACUUUCUUUUUCACAAACCUACCAAAAAAAUUGGACCUUCUUAAAUCUCCAUUUACAGUAAAAAAAAAGUCCCCCCCUUUUUUUUUUCUUCUCCUUAAAGAUUCAUUCUUUGUGAUCUCCAUUGAUUUUAUUGAAUUACCCAUUAUUGAGAAUCCAUGGAUUUUUCAUUCAAAACUAAUUUUUUGUAGAAUUAGAAACAUACAGAGAAAAAGAGAGGUUAGUUGAUUGCAAGUAAAAUAGAGAAAAAUGAGGACUCUUUGUGAUGUUUGUGAGGGUGCUGCUGCAAUCUUCUUUUGUGCUGCUGAUGAAGCUGCUCUUUGCCGUGCUUGUGAUGAGAAGUGUGAGAUUUGGCAAAUACUAACAGUAUUCACAAAGAGAAAGGAGGAGGUCCAUAUGUGUAAUAAGCUUGCUAGUCGGCAUAUACGGGUCGGACUUGCUGCCCCUAAUGCUGUACCAAAAUGCGACAUUUGUGAAAAUGCACCUGCUUUCUUUUAUUGCGAGAUUGAUGGGAGUUCGCUUUGCCUGCAAUGCGACAUGGUUGUUCAUGUUGGCGGUAAAAGAACUCACAGAAGAUAUCUCUUGUUGAGGCAGAGAGCGGAGUUUCCAGGGGAUAAAUAUGGGAAUGCUGAGGACAUGAAUUCACAGCAGGCUGACCGAACGGAAGGUAGAAGGGAGAAAGAGCAAAAUCAUGUAAUAUUUGUAGAUGGUAAUACUGUUCCUGAUGCUCAAAUGGAUACCAAUAUGAUUGAUCUCAAUGCUAGACCCCAAAGGACCGCCAAUCAGUCUCCUAACAAUCAGGGAAUGGAUGAUGUUUCUAGGGCUAAUGGUGAUUCGGCAAGCAUUGUUCCUGUUAGAUCUUUCAAAAGCGAGCCAGAAAAAUGAGCAAGGUUGCAGAGUGCAGAUCUGCAAAUUGGAGAUCCCAUAAAUCUGGUGGAUUGAUUACAACUUCCAAGCCAAAUGCUUCAUACUUUGGUGCUUGAGAGUUGAAAGCUUAUUCUUGCAUGUAAAACACCAAAAUCAUAGGCUUUAAAAGACAAUGAUCAUAUCUUGAAGUCCCAUAUCUGCAAUGCCCUUGAGGACAAAGUCCAUAAUAUAGCCUAUUGUAAGAAUCAUGGGCUAUAAACUGCGGCCAUUGUUGCCAUAAUGGAAGCAACUGUAUAAAUGAUGGUGUUCAAGUACAGUCGAUAUUGCACAGGUUCAACUUUUAUGUGUAUA